AGAAAAUAAAACUCAGCUUUCACCUCCCGCCAUACUUAAGCUGGACCUUCCUGCUGACUCGUCUCCAUUCUACCUCAAGAUACUGAAGCACCUGUCUGAAGCCAUGAUGGUUCGGAGCGCAGCUCUUCUGGUGGUUCUUGUUCUGUGUGCCGAUUCGCAGGAUUACUGUUACCAUGAGCCAGAUUGUGAUCCUUACGCCUGGGGAGACUUCUUCCCCUCAUGCCACCCUCUCCUGGGGGGCCACCACUCCCCCAUCAACUUGGACCAUCACAUGGUCCGGAACCUCUCCUUGGGGCUUUUACAUCUGGAGGGUUUUGAUGAGACCCAAACAGGCCAGUGGACGCUGGAGAACGACGGACACUCUGUUUUGUUACAGGUUGGAAGUGGGAUGUCUGUAAGUGGCGGAGGUCUUCCAGGUGUUUACCACACUGUCCAGGUUCACUUCCACUGGGGAGACCCUUCGACGAAUGGCUCUGAGCACACGGUGGACGGACGCAGAUACCCGAUGGAGAUGCACAUAGUCAAUAUGAAGUCCAUCCAUCCUAAUGUAUCUGCAGCUGAGGAGGAUCCAACCGGGUUUGCUGUUCUCGGCUUCUUCAUCGAUGUUGUUUAUGCAGACAAUGUUCAUUUUAGCCACAUUUCCCAAAAGCUAUCUUCAGUAGCUUACAGAGGCCAAAUGACUGGAAUAAAGCCGUUCCCACUGCUCAGCCUCCUGCCCAAGCUCAACAUGAGCCAAUAUUACCGUUACUCUGGCAGCCUCACCACCCCACCCUGUUCCCAAGCAGUAGUUUGGACUCUCUAUGAGGUCCCCAUCUACAUCUCCUGGUCUCAGCUGGCUCAGUUUACCUCACAGAUCUUCUCUACUGAGGAAGACGCGGCGCAGGUGACGCCUCUGCAGAACAACUUCAGACACCUCCAUACCCGAUUCAGCCGUACCGUAUCGGCCUCUAGAGACGCCAGGCUCCUCAGGGGGACGGCAGAUCCUCUGACGCUGCUGUCGAUGCGUCUCCUGCACAUCGUUGUGCUGGGGCAGUUUUAUCUUUAAACCUGUUAUCCCAGAAUGACAUGUUCCUUGAAUUUAUUAUUAAACCCCACUGAGUGUGUUC